AUGCGAUUUGGGCGCGCAAACGCUUUGCGCGACGACAUCGCUUCUACGGAUCAAAUACUAAUCUCAAGCUCUUUCUUCGCAGUUCGGCUAGUCAAUCUAGCUGUUGGCGGUUUGAUGAUCCUCGGAGGCAUUGGGCAGUUCUUCCCAAUUGGAUUCCAAAGUGUUAUCGUUGGAUGCUAUGUUAUAAUAUUCGGAGCCGCGACCCUCUUGCUCGAAUUUCAGAUCCCGCCUUAUAUGUCGAGAUGGGCGCCAUUCCUCUUUAGCUUUCUUGGUCGCGGCAUAUUCUACAUCUUUGUCGGAACAAUCCUGCUCCAAACAUCGGCCAUUCGUGUUGUCCCUGGCUCCAUAAUUGCGAUCGUAGGCCUCGGCUAUGGCAUACUCGAGUACAUCCCAUCGAUUGAACCGCCGCAGAACAUGAGAGACGCCAGUGGCGAAUGGGGAGCCGAGCAAAUAUGA